GAAAAUAUAUAUACAAAAAGAGUUUCUUCCUUUCUUCGACCAUAGAGGAUCUGUGAGUCGGCAAAAGCCACAAAAUGCAUUACUGGGUUAGAGCUGCUUCGUCUGAUUUCGGGGGCACUCUUCCGCAACCUCGCAGUGGUCACACAGCGGUCAGCGUCGGCAAAUCGAAGGUGGUCGUGUUUGGGGGCCUCUUCGACAAGAGGUUUCUCAGUGAUAUCAUGGUUUAUGACGUUGAGAACAAACUUUGGUUUCAGCCUGAGUGCACUGGAAGUGGGUCUGAGGACCAGGUAGGUCCAACCCCACGAGCAUUUCACAUUGCUGUUGCGAUUGACUGUCACAUGUUCAUCUUCGGUGGGCGUUCUAGCAGCAAAAGGUUGGGUGACUUUUGGGUCCUAGAUACGGACAUAUGGCAAUGGUCUGAGCUCACCAGUUUUGGUGACUUACCAUCGCCACGGGAUUUUGCUGCAGCUUCAGCUAUUGGAAACCGAAGGAUUGUUAUGUAUGGUGGCUGGGAUGGUAAAAGGUGGUUAUCAGACGUGUAUGUCUUGGACACAAUGUCUCUUGAGUGGAUGGAAUUGUCGGUGUCUGGAACAUUGCCACCGCCUAGAUGUGGCCAUACAGCUACUAUGGUGGAGAAAAGGUUGCUUGUCUAUGGUGGCAGAGGAGGUGGUGGGCCAAUUAUGGGUGAUUUGUGGGCCUUGAAGGGUCUUAUUGAAGAAGAGAAUGAAACACCUGGAUGGACCCAGUUGAAGCUUCCAGGCCAAGCUCCUUCUCCUCGAUGUGGUCAUACUGUUACUUCUGGAGGACACUAUCUGUUGUUGUUUGGAGGGCAUGGGACUGGUGGUUGGUUAAGUCGUUAUGACAUCUAUUACAAUGACUGCACUAUUUUAGAUAGGAUGUCCGCACAGUGGAAACGCUUACCUACUGGAAAUGAACCCCCUCCUGCUCGGGCAUACCACUCUAUGACAUGUAUUGGUUCACGUUAUCUGUUAUUUGGUGGCUUUGAUGGCAAAUCAACAUUUGGCGAGCUAUGGUGGUUGGUUCCAGAAGAGGACCCUAUCGCAAAGCGGUUGACUGCAUCUCCAUUAAAAGGCCUUCCUGAAGAUAAGGAUGUUGCAACAAAUAAUAAUAUUCAGUCUGCACUUGAGGGAAGCCAAAGGGAGCAAUCUGCUGUCUCAGAAUUACAAAGAAGAUUAGAAAUUUCAGUUUCACUCUCUAGUUCUGGGCUUCCAAUUGUAAAUGAGUUGGAAGACAAAGAAUUCCUUGAACUAGCAUCAACCUUGACUGGAGAAAGAGUCUCUAGUAAUUUACAGGCAAUUGAGGCUCUUCGUGAUCACUGGAGGAAGGCUGUACCAAGGUCCAUACCACUUAAGGAGCUAGGGCCUCUGCUUCGCGACUACCAGCGAUUGAUUGCCCAUCAUCAAUUGGCUAAUAAUGGAUCUGAUCUGCAUUCCAUUGAGUCUGGUUUUCUUGGGAAAGAUGCUUAUCGGUUUUACCAUAUUAAAAAUGCUUCUCAGUUGCGAAUGGAUGAUAUUCCCAAGUUGCUGUCAGAGUACAAACAACUCCUAUCCAACUAAAAUAGCAUAUGGGGGAAUUCUUUCAAAGAAUGGAAUCUUGCAUGAUGGUUUUCCAGGUUUUGUUUAUGUCAUUAAGCCGUUAGGGAAGUUUGCUUCUUUCUUGGAACUACCUCAAAUUAACCAUCUGCCCAACCACUUGACGCAUGGGUAAAUUAGUACAAUGUAUACCUGUUCAGUAUGAAAUCCUAUAAUUCUUGCU